UUUCCUCCUCCUCCUCCUCCUUCCAGGCUGAAGGGCAGAGAUGGAGGAGCGCCUUCCUCCAGACACCGGAGCCGGGAGCUGACAGGAAGGAAGGCAGGCAAUGGAGGGCCCGGCUCUCCGUAUGAGGAGCCGGCCGGGAAGUCUCUGGGCCUCCCCCUUGCAAUACCCCCAAGGGAGAGGUGCCAUGAUGAACUCCGGUUUAAAGUAAAGGAGAAGGAUUCACAGAAGAAAUGAAGAUACCAAAACUGUUCUGGGUUUUUGCAGUUUUCAUGUGUGCUGCUCUGUGUGCUGUGUAUAUAAAAUGGAAUUUGAAUGUUAAAGCAAGAGAUCUUCCUGAUGACUUGAACAAUCAACCUGACGGCGAGACGAUUUUCUAUGGCAUCAUGUUCGAUGCUGGAAGCACUGGGACACGCGUACAUGUAUUCAAGUUCUCACAGAAACCAAAAGAAAUUCCUCGACUAAUCCAUACCACAUUCAAAGCAAUAAAGCCAGGACUUUCUGCUUAUGCUGACGAUGUUGAUAAGAGUGCUGAAGGAAUCAAUGAGCUACUGGCAGUUGCUAAAGAUGAUGUCCCUGAGAAUUUGUGGAAGUCAACCCCUGUGGUCCUUAAAGCAACCGCUGGGUUAAGGCUGUUGCCCGGAGAAAAGGCUCAGGAACUGUUGGACAAGGUGAAGUCUGUCUUUCAAAAAUCUCCAUUCUUAGUAGGGGAUGAUUGUGUCUCCAUAAUGGAUGGAACGGAUGAAGGUAUUUCUGCAUGGGUUACUGUCAACUUUUUAACAGAUAGUUUGAAUGCUCCAGAAAAGAAAUGUGUAGGAAUGCUGGACUUAGGAGGUGGAUCAACUCAGAUCACAUUUCAUCCAAGCACCAAGACCACUCCAAAGAGCACCUCUUCUAGUCACAUCACUUCUUUUCAGAUAUUUAGUACCACGUACCAACUGUAUUCUUACAGUUACCUUGGACUUGGGUUAAUGUCUGCAAGGCUGGCGAUUUUAGGAGGAGUUCAAGGACAAGCCUUACCUGAAGGUGAAAAACUAACAAGUCCCUGCUUACCGCCAGACUUCCAGGGUGAAUGGGAACAUGCUAAGAUAACAUAUAAACUCAAAGGGCAGAAGGCAGGAAAGUCGUCUUUUAAAUCAUGUUUUGAUGAAAUAGCUAAGCAUCUCAGCAAGAAGAUUGACAAGGCAGUUGAAGUAAAGGACUCGGAGUUUUAUGCUUUUUCCUAUUAUUAUGACCGGGCCGUGGAUGCUGGCUUAAUAGAUGCUGAAAAAGGAGGAACUCUAGCAGUCAGUGACUUUGAAACUGCUGCAAAGAAAGCGUGCAAAGCCAUGGAAGUUGAUAAAGGAGAGCAUCCAUUUCUCUGCAUGGAUCUCACUUACAUAAUUUUUCUAUUGGAAGAACUAGGCUUUCCAAAGAAUUACGUUUUUAAGCUUGCUCGAAAAAUCAAAGACUCUGAAACCAGCUGGGCCCUGGGAGCAAUCCUUCACUACAUGGAUUCACGCCACAACUUGCGGCAUUAAGGUUGUUGGAGUCAUGCAGGAAGCGGCAAGUCUGUCGCUACACAGAAGCAGUCUAUUCCUUGUGCCUGCAAACUACAGCAAGCCCCUGCGACUACUGUGAUUCGUACUGUUAGAUCUGGAUGUAUGCUUAAUAUAUCAAGACCUUGAGCUAUCUCAGCAGUGGAUCUCUGUGCAGUUCAACAUAUCAGUACACUCCAUAAAUAUCCCGCUGGAAAACAGUGGCUUUUCCCUCUGGAAAAUAAUAGGCCGUGGCAGCUAAAACCCAAUCUUGGAGAGCAGAUCUGAGACUUGAACCAGAUGAAUGUAAAAGCCAUCCUGUGAAUCAUGCUGAGACUUUUUUCAUGUUUCCCAUUGUCCUAUACUCUCUGUGAGAAAAGCACACCAAUCAAGCCUUUUGCCCUCGCUGUUAGCAAACUGAAUCUAGUGUCAAAAGCAAGUGCAACUUUUAAUGCUAUUUUUUUUGCGUGUCAUUGUGAUUUGCUUUGAUAUUUUUUGAGUGUGAAAACUGUUUUUAAAAUGUUUGACAUCAUCUGAUUUUUUUUUCCAGGUACGUAAUGAGAUUUGGGGUUUUUUUUGAUAGCUGGUUCAACUGUGCUUCCAAAUUUCUGUUACUGGAUCACUGAGUUAUUUUGGAAGAGAAGUGAUGACUUAAAGCUGAAGUCUUUC